GCCUGACGCGAUGCCGCUGCCCGGGGUCGGGGAGGAGCUGAAACAGGCCAAGGAGAUCGAGGACGCCGAGAAGUACUCCUUCAUGGCCACCGUCACCAAGGCGCCCAAGAAGCAAAUCCAAUUUGCUGAUGACAUGCAAGAGUUCACAAAAUUCCCAACUAAGACUGGCCGAAGAUCUUUGUCGCGUUCCAUCUCACAGUCUUCCACUGACAGCUACAGUUCAGCUGCAUCCUACACAGAUAGCUCUGAUGAUGAAGUUUCCCCCCGAGAGAAGCAGCAAACCAACUCCAAGGGCAGCAGCAAUUUCUGUGUGAAGAACAUCAAGCAAGCAGAAUUUGGACGCCGGGAGAUUGAGAUCGCAGAGCAAGACAUGUCUGCUCUGAUUUCACUCAGGAAACGUGCUCAGGGGGAGAAGCCCUUGGCUGGUGCUAAAAUAGUGGGCUGUACACACAUCACAGCCCAGACAGCGGUGUUGAUUGAGACACUUUGUGCGCUGGGGGCUCAGUGCCGCUGGUCUGCUUGCAACAUCUACUCAACUCAGAAUGAAGUGGCUGCAGCACUGGCUGAGGCUGGAGUUGCAGUGUUUGCUUGGAAGGGAGAGUCGGAAGAUGAUUUCUGGUGGUGUAUUGACCGCUGUGUGAACAUGGAUGGGUGGCAGGCCAACAUGAUCCUGGAUGAUGGGGGAGACUUAACCCACUGGGUUUAUAAGAAGUAUCCAAACGUGUUUAAGAAGAUCCGAGGCAUUGUGGAAGAGAGCGUGACUGGUGUUCACAGGCUAUAUCAGCUGUCCAAAGCUGGGAAGCUCUGUGUUCCGGCAAUGAAUGUCAACGAUUCUGUUACCAAACAGAAGUUUGAUAACUUGUAUUGCUGCCGAGAAUCUAUUUUGGAUGGCCUGAAGAGGACCACAGAUGUGAUGUUUGGUGGGAAACAAGUGGUGGUGUGUGGCUAUGGUGAGGUAGGGAAGGGCUGCUGUGCUGCUCUUAAGGCCCUUGGAGCAAUUGUCUACAUCACAGAAAUCGAUCCCAUCUGUGCUCUGCAGGCCUGCAUGGAUGGGUUCAGAGUGGUGAAACUAAAUGAAGUCAUCCGGCAAGUUGAUGUUGUAAUAACUUGCACAGGAAAUAAAAAUGUAGUGACUCGGGAGCACUUGGACCGCAUGAAAAACAGUUGCAUCGUGUGCAACAUGGGCCACUCCAACACAGAAAUAGACGUGACCAGCCUCCGUACUCCAGAGCUGACAUGGGAGCGAGUUCGUUCUCAGGUGGACCAUGUCAUCUGGCCAGAUGGCAAGCGUGUCGUCCUUCUGGCAGAGGGUCGUCUGCUCAACUUGAGCUGCUCCACAGUUCCCACCUUUGUUCUGUCCAUCACAGCUACAACACAGGCCUUGGCACUGAUAGAACUUUAUAAUGCACCUGAAGGACGAUACAAACAGGAUGUGUACUUGCUUCCUAAGAAAAUGGAUGAAUAUGUUGCCAGCUUGCAUCUGCCAUCAUUUGAUGCCCACUUGACAGAGCUAACAGAUGACCAAGCAAAAUACCUGGGACUCAACAAAAAUGGGCCAUUCAAACCUAAUUAUUACAGAUACUAGUGGACCAUCUUACGAAUGACCAGUCCAUGUGAACCACAUGACUCUAAAAGAAAUAUUUUUAAAGAUAACUUUUAUGUUCUUUUUAUUCUUUUCCUCUUUUUUUUUUUUCUCUCUCUCUCAUUUCAUUCUCAUUUUCUCAUCUCAUUAUUCGAGUUCUGCAGACCACACAGGAACGUGCUUCAUGGCUCUUUAGAUGAAACUGGGGUUUAAGGUUCCUCACCCUAGCCACUAAAGGAUUUUACUGUCCAAACCCAGAAAGGCAACUCAUUCUUUACCAUUUCUGGGGAUCUCAGUCUUAAUUUGGUACUUUAUUAACAGGAGAUGCUAAGGUACCUUCUAUGUGAACAAAGUGCAGUGUCUAAAUUGCCUUAAAGGAGCCUACUUCUUAGCUGCUAAAAUCAGUGCUCUUUCACUUCUUCAGAGGAGCAGGGAUGAUACCUACCAAGCAGGUAGGUGAGAUACAGGCGGUGCAUGUUAAUUUCCCUUAAAUAUUCCAAGCCCUAUCUCCUGUGUAAAGGUGGUAUGUCUGGUUCAGAGGUGUGCACUAGUGAGUGUUGCUUGUUAAGAUCCAGUAGACCCACUUGGAUCUAUAGUACAACCCUUCCUCCACUCCCACCAGUCUUAUUUUUCUAGUUUUUAACUGGAUUGCAUUCUAUCAAGUUGAGUUUUGUACCCUAGCAUUUAUUUCUGUUAUAUUUUUUUAAAACUAAGGAAAAUUUUUAGUUGUUAACACUGAGGAACUGCUUGAGCGGUUAGUUGUUACCAAGUUCUCUUUUGAACCUUUGGAGCUAAAAGUGUAGAUUGAGUCUAGAGAAAUGCUAGACUCAAACUCUGAAUGAAUCCCUGUGUUUCUAGCCCUUAGUUCAUAGCAUCAACGAACUGGAGCCAUAAGCAAAUUCUCUCAGCUCUGCCCCAUGCAGCUUAUGCUGAAGGCAAAUUUCUUAAGCCAUUACUCAGUAUAAAGCACUGAGUCUAGCUAGGUUUUAUCCUUUAAGAGCAAAGUUCUGAUCAGCUGUGCUUCUGCAACCUAAAAUAUUUAGAGGGGGCUAGGUGUGGGUGGGAGGAACUAUAAACCGGGCCUUGGUGAGAUAAAUCUAACUCCAUAUAAUUUGCCUGGAACUGCAGGCCCUGUAUAAUACUAUUUUUACAGAAAUGGUACCACCGUAGAUUGACACAUGCCACCAGAAAUGUUUAUGAGCUAAAAUCUUAAAGGACAAUAUGUAUGUAGAGAAAGUAGUCAGUACAUCUUGACUCAUACUCCGAAAGAAUCCCCAGAGAGGCUCUCUCAAAGAUCAGAGAUACAGUCACAUGCCAUGCAUCCUGCUUACCAGCAUUUCUGCAUGGUCAAAUGAGCUUUAUGCUCAUGAGCUUUAAGUAUAUAAUUACCCAGGAUUUUAAAUCCUCGACUUGUUCUAGCUUGUGAUCUUUCAAGAUUGGAUCAUGCAUUAGUGCUAGAUUCUAGAAAUUUUCGCUUCUCUCCACUGAUCAAGAGAAACAGACAUUAAAAA